AGCAGCUGGAAAAUCCACCCACCUUCCCCCCAAAAAAAUCUACCCUAAUCCCCAGACCCUUCUAUUCUCUCACCCCCCAAAUGGACUCCCAAUUCCUCUUUAAACCCAAAUGUCCCCCGCCACCGUCACCACCUCCACUUCCCCUCCCUCCUCUAAUUAUCUCACAAACCUUGGCCUUGGCUAUUCUAUAGCCAUAGCCCUUGGCUUUCUCGUCCUUGUCUCCACUAUUCUCCUUGCUUCCUACAUAUGUUGUCGCGCCACCCGAAAUCGCUCUCGUAACUCCAACAACAACAACAAUUAUUCAAACUCUACAGCUGAUGGAAUAAUACUUCCUCGCAUUAUUUUCGUCGCUGAAGACGAUGAAGAACAAGAACGUGAUUUGGAAGGUGCUGCUGUUGGACUCGACCAGGCUGUUAUAAACUCGUACCCGAAAUUCCAGUUUAGUAGAGAUGGUGGGUUCAGUGAAAGAACCGAUAAUCUUAACAAUACUUGCUCGAUCUGUUUGUGCGAGUAUAAAGAUUUGGAGAUGUUAAGAAUGAUGCCUGAGUGCAGACAUUACUUUCACUCGCUCUGUCUUGAUGCCUGGCUUAAGCUUAACGGGUCGUGUCCAGUCUGUCGGAACUCACCGUUGCCUACUCCGCUCUCUACACCAUUGUCGGAGGUUGUGCCCUUAUCGCAGUAUGCAGAAGAUCGGAGGAGGAGGUGAUUUUGGCUUCAUCUGAUUUGGAUGUGGAGUGGUGGGAAAUGGAAAUUGUAAAUUCUUGGUGUGGGUAUUGAGUAGGUAUAGGGGGUUUUGUUGGAUUUACUAAUUUUGGAUUGUUAUAAAAAAUGUCAGAAUUGGUGUGAUAUUAUUUUCUUUCUCCGUAGUGUUAUGUAUUCGUGUUAAAUCCAACUGCUGUUUGGUUGUUCUGCUCGCA